GAAGUCGAGUUGAGGGACGCGCGAGGGAAGGAAGGUCUCCUCGCGCUGGAAUAAAAGCGCUAUUGAUUGUUGCUUUGGAGUAAAACUCCACUAUUCAAUGAGGGAUACAAUCGCUAUAAUUGAGGGAAAACGACGAAAAAGAUGGAUAUAACCAACCAGAAGUGUGAAAAUUGAAACAGAAAAGUUGUCAAGAAAACCCAAACAUUAAUUUACCUCAAACUGUUUGGUUGAAAGAUGAAUAUGGGUAUUUUUUUCAGAUAAUUUUUGGAGCGUCGAGCCAGGAGGAACAUUCAGCAAUAGAAAAGUAGACUAUCUGACUUAUAGUUAGGCUUAUGGGUUUUUCUUUAUUGGAAGCAAUUAAACAUGCAUUUGAGAAUCUGUUACGCUUUAGUGAAGGUUUAACGACACUAAAUUUGACUUUUCUUCGGGACAGGUGUUGGUUUUGAGCUUGAAUCAGUUGUUUAGUUGUUUUUGACUAGUUGUUUAGACGUUUGAGGUGUUAGUUGCGCACAGGUUAAGGUAAUAAUUUAUGGCACAUAUUCCAGCCCCAAAAUAUUUAGAUAGUUUAGGCUACUGUUUGUCAUAAAUAAAAUAAACCUAGAACAACCUCUGUUUAAUUCAUUAAAAAGCUGUCAACAUAUCGUUAAACCUGAUAAUGGUUACAGCAACAGACAAUAACUAAGUAGUCUGUUUUUCCCUGAAUAAUAUGUGAAGCAGGGUUGUCGGAAGCAACCCAACACGGUUACAUUACAACGCGCCCAAGCAAUACCACUGGAACUGUGUUUUUACGGUUUUCACGGAUCCCUGGGGAACACAUCGAGUUGAAAGACUCGUGCCGGAGCACUGAAUUGAAACGAACUCUAGGGAAAUUAAAGCCCAAGUCCGGAACAGAAAGAGAGCCCUUCCAUCCUUUACAACAUGGAGCUGCACAAAUACCUGCUACUCCUCAAGUUCAUUGUUCUCCUCAAAGGGUUGUGUGAGUGUUUCAACAUCGAUGUUAAGCGGCCUCGUAUCUACACCGGUCCAGAGGAGGCCCUAUUUGGUUUCUCUGUGCUACAGCAUGACAAUGCGGGGGACAAAUCGAUGCUGGUUGGUGCUCCUUGGGAUGGACCUUCCAAUACCAGGAGAGGAGACGUGUACAAAUGCAUCGUGGGAGAGGAGAGGAGCUCCAACUGCACCAAAACCAACCUAGGUGAGAGCACGUUACAGAAUGUAUCUAGAAACCUGAAGAACUCUCAUCUAGGAAUGACCCUCAGUCCAGACUCACCUGAUGGAUUCCUGGCGUGUGCGCCCCUGUGGUCUCAGGAGUGUGGUACCUCAGUCUUCAGUACGGGGAUCUGUGUUUCUGUCAGCAACGACCUGGAACCUAGAGAGACCAUCGCCCCUACAGCACAGAGAUGUGCAACAUACAUGGACAUAGUGAUCGUUCUGGAUGGCUCCAAUAGUAUCUAUCCCUGGUAUGAAGUCCAGAACUUCCUCAGUAACAUCCUCAGCAAGUUCCAUAUCAGCCCAGAACAGAUGCAGGUGGGGGUUUUGCAGUACGGUGAGGUUGCGGUCCAUGAGUGGUCACUGAGAGACUACCAGACAACACAGGAGGUGGUUGAAGCGGCUAAGAACAUCAGCCGACAGGAGGGGCGGGAGACACGCACAGCAUACGCCAUCCACAUGGGCUGUACGGAGGCAUUCAGCCCUGAGCGGGGGGCGAGGGAGGGUGCCACCAAAGUCAUGAUCGUGGUGACGGACGGAGAGUCACAUGAUGGGGAGGAGCUACCGGAUGCUCUGGAGGAGUGUGAGAAGAGAAACAUCACCAGAUAUGCCAUCGCUGUAUUGGGUCACUACAUCCGCAGGCAGCAGGACCCAGAGACGUUUAUCAGUGAGAUCAAGUACAUUGCCAGCGACCCUGACGACAAAUACUUCUUCAACGUGACUGACGAGGCGGCACUCAACGACAUCGUAGAUGCACUAGGAGACCGCAUCUUCACUCUAGAGGGGACGCUGGGGUACAACGAGAGCUCCUUCAAGUUUGAGAUGUCCCAGAUUGGCUUCUCCACACACGUUCUCGAUGACGGCAUCCUGUUUGGGAUGGUGGGGGCGUAUGACUGGGACGGAGGGGUGCUGAAGGAGGGCGCUGAGGGCCGCAUCAUGCCCACCAGAGAGGCCUUUGAGUCAGAGUUCCCCCAGGAGCUCAAGAACCAUGCUGCCUAUCUGGGCUACACAGUGUCGUCAGUGAUAGUGGGAGACUGGAGGAGGCUGUAUGUGGCUGGAGCUCCCAGGUUCAAACACAAAGGAAAGGUCAUUCUGUUUGAACUGAGCGACAAUGGAGAUGUCAACAUUGCACAGGCCCUCAAUGGAGAACAGAUUGGGUCGUACUAUGGCAGUGAGGUGUGUGGGUUGGACGUGGACCAGGACGGCAUUACUGAUGUUCUGCUGGUGGCAGCACCCAUGUACCUGGGCCCUGGCAACAAGGAGGCAGGCAGAGUCUACAUCUACUCCCUCAGUGGGGAGGAGGUGUUUGUGUCUAACGGUACUCUGAAGGCAGAGGAUAGGUUCCAGGAUGCUAGGUUUGGCUACGCCCUGGCCUCCGCCCCAGACCUCAACCAUGACGGGUACACUGACCUGCUGGUGGGGGCACCCCUAGAGGACGGACACAAUGGGGCCAUAUACGUCUACCACGGCCAGGGCAUACACAUCAUCCACAACUACAAACAGCGUAUCGCAGGGUCGUCCCUGUCCCCCUCUCUGCAGUAUUUUGGGCGCAGUGUGAGUGCCAGAUUAGACCUGGAUGGAGAUGGUCUGUUAGACCUGGCUGUGGGGGCCCAGGGCAGUGCUGUACUACUCAGUUCUCGUAGUAUAGUCCAGAUCAACAUGAGUCUGUCCUUCCAGCCCCACUCCAUCAACGUCAUCCAGAAGACAUGUCAGAGAGGAGCGAGGGAGUCUGCCUGUCUCAACGCUACAGCCUGCUUCCUGGCUCUGUCCCGUUCCCCUGGAACUCACAGCAGCAGCUUCGAUCUGUCGGUGGUGGCCAUGUUGGAUGAGCGAAAGUUGACAGCGAGGGCGUUGUUUGACGACAGCAACCAGAGACAGACACAGCUGGGGGUCAGAGUUCACACAGGACAGACCGUCUGCCACAACCUGACCUUCCAUGUGUUUGACACAGCAGACUACAUCCGUCCAAUCAGUUUCUCCCUGCGCUUUAAGAUCAACGACACAGAGAGUGGCCCAGUGCUGGACGAAGGCUGGCCCACCACCUUCAAGAGAUCGAUUGCCUUCUUCAAAGACUGUGGUGAGGAUGAUGUGUGUGUCACUGAUCUGGUGCUGCAGGCUCAUAUGGACAUCUCUGGGACAAGACAGCAGCCCUAUGUGAUCCGUAGCCCUCGCAGACGUCUGGCUGUAGAAGUCCAGCUGCAGAACAGACUGGAGAACGCCUACAACACCAGCCUGACACUGCACUACUCACGCAACCUCCACUUCUCUAGUCUCAGUAUACGGGAGGAUACCCAGUUGAAAAUUGAGUGUACAUCUCUCAGUUCCAACAGUCAUUCCUGUAAUGUCAGCUAUCCUGUGUUCCGCUCCCACUCCAAGGUGAACUUCAUGUUAGAGUUUGAGUUCAGCUGUACGUCUCUGCUCAGUAAAGUCCAGAUGAAACUCACAGUUGCCAGUGACAGUGUGGAGAGAGAGGCUACGCUGGGAGACAACAGUGUUCAGCUCCAGACUGUGGUUCAGUACGAACCUGACCUCUUCAUCACCAGUGACUCCAAUCUGAACCGUUAUGAGGUCCACCCAACCAGAACCAUAUCAGAGGCAAUAGGACCAGAGUUCUACACACACUUCAGGCUGCAGAACCUGGGCUGUUACAGUGUGAGUAACCUGGAGUUGAGGCUGAGCCUGCCCUCUGUAGCAGCUGGAGACAGAAUCUUCAUGGCUGUUACUGAGGUCUUCUCUUACAACGUGACAGGGGUGAACUGCAGUGUAGACAGUGACGUGUCCCAGCAGAAGGACAGACAGAGAGAUGUACGACCACUACAUCCUGAAGACAUGCAACAGACUGACCUACUGAACUGCAGCAGGUCGUGGUGUGUGGAGGUGGUGUGUGAGGUACAGCAGCUGCAUCGAGGACAGACCGCUCUCAUACGAGUCAGCCGCAGGGUCCACGACAACUUCUUCAGACAGGCUAAGUUUAAGGUGGUGAGGAUAGUGAGUGCCUAUCAUCUGGCUGCUCAGGAAUCUAACCUGGUCACUCUGGGGAGUGGCGCCAUCUGGAGGGAGACGGUGUUGGAGGUACUAAAGGGGCGGGCCAUCCCUAUUUCUCUCUGGAUUCUGAUAGGUAGCAUCAUUGGAGGGCUUCUGCUAUUGGCCCUCAUCAUCUUCGCAAUGUGGAAGCUGGGGUUCUUCACUCGUAAACAGAUAAAGGACGAGGAACUCGAGGACUGAGCCCGUCCCUCGCCGCCAUGAUGUCAGUCAAUGGAUACAGUAUCUGUGACAACCAGAGAACCACAGAAACAGUCCACUUCGUGCCCAUCCCCAUGGCAACGACCUGCACAGAGACUGCUCCGCCCCCCCAGCAAUAAAAACAGAUGCCUUCCCUCUUCUAAAUCAUGCACCCCCCCAUAAAGAACGCACAGCCGGUAUAGAUGAGCGUUGCCCAGUGUGUGUCUGAACUGUCAAAACACCUAACACCACAUGGCACAGACUGCAUCUAUCGUCAGACACCCCAACAUCUUGUCUGUUUCUACAGGUGAACCCAUGGCUGUAGGGCUGUAGUUACACACCUGUUUAGAAAUAUACAGCAGGAAGGAUGUGUACAUGAGUUUUCUUCAGAGAUGUCCCAGACAGGAAAUAAUGCUGUACACUACAUGUCAAACUCAUUCCACGGAGGGCCGAGUGUCUGCAGGUUCACUCCACCCUUGUACUUGAUGGAUGAAUUAAGGUCACGACUUAGUGAGGGACUCCCCUCAACUGGUUGUCUAGGUCUUAAUUGAAUGGACAAAACAAAAACCUACAGACACACAGCCCUCUGUGGAAUGAGUUUGACACUCCUGGUGCAAUGUGACUUGGUAUGAUGUUCAAUGACUGCAGACUUCAAACAGCGUAGAUCUGUAUAAGUAGAUAUAGUACAGGCAUCGACCUGUAAUUAGUACCAUGUUGUAUAAGUAGAUAUAGUACAGGCAUCGACCUGUAAUUAGUACCAUGUUGUAUAAGUAGAUACCAUACAGGCAUCGACCUGUAAUUAGUACCAUGUUGUAUAAGUAGAUACAGUACAGGUAUCAACCUGUAAUUAGUACCAUGUUGUAUAAGUAGAUAUAGUACAGGCAUCGACCUGUAAUUAGUACCAUGUUGUAUAAGUAGAUAUAGUACAGGUAUCAACCUGUAAUUAGUACCAUGUUGUAUAAGUAGAUACCGUACAGGUAUCAACCUGUAAUUAGUACCAUGUUGUAUAAGUAGAUAUAGUACAGGUAUCAACCUGUAAUUAGUACCAUGUUGUAUAAGUAGAUACCGUACAGGUAUCAACCUGUAAUUAGUACCAUGUUGUAUAAGUAGAUAUAGUACAGGCAUCGACCUGUAAUUAGUACCAUGUUGUAUAAGUAGAUACCGUACAGGCAUCGACCUGUAAUUAGUACCAUGUUGUAUAAGUAGAUACCAUACAGGUAUCAACCUGUAAUUAGUACCAUGUUGUAUAAGUAGAUACUGUACAGGCAUCGACCUGUAAUUAGUACCAUGUUGUAUAAGUAGAUACCGUACAGGCAUCGACCUGUAAUUAGUACCAUGUUGUAUAAGUAGAUACCGUACAGGUAUCAACCUGUAAUUAGUACCAUGUUGUAUAAGUAGAUACCAUACAGGUAUCAACCUGUAAUUAGUACCAUGUUGUAUAAGUAGAUACCGUACAGGUAUCAACCUGUAAUUAGUACCAUGUUGUAUAAGUAGAUACCAUACAGGUAUCAACCUGUAAUUAGUACCAUGUUGUAUAAGUAGAUACCAUACAGGCAUCAACCUGUAAUUAGUACCAUGUUGUAUAAGUAGAUACCGUACAGGUAUCAACCUGUAAUUAGUACCAUGUUGUAUAAGUAGAUACCGUACAGGUAUCAACCUGUAAUUAGUACCAUGUUGUAUAAGUAGAUACCGUACAGGUAUCAACCUGUAAUUAGUACCAUGUUGUGCUAUAUGGAAAGCAGUUCCAUCCUUCAAGGAAGCUUGAAUGAAAAUGCACUACCUGAUAAUGGGGGCCACUUAUAAUCAUGUGAAUAUAUUUGGAUUUCUAUGAAACGCUGUUACAAACCAAACUGUCUAUUUAAUAUUCAGAAGUCAUCAUGACUUUAGAUUUUCCACCCAUUUUCUCUACAGUACAGUUCAUUUUUUGAGUCAAAUUAAAACUGUUGAUAAUUAAAGUUUUUGUAAAUGUU